AUGCAGCACAUGUGGCCCAGUCGACGGAAAUGGGAUUACUACAGUAGGGUGAAGAGACGGCAUUUGUGCUCGGACUUGGACCCCGUUAUCUAUUUCUCUCAUUCCGUUCAUAUCUAUCUAUCUCAUUCUGUUCAUAUCUAUCUAUCUAUCUAUCUCAUUCGGUUCAUAUCUCUUUACCUAUCCAUCUAUUUCAAUUCUGUUCAUAUCUAUCUAUCUAUCCAUCUAUCUAUCACCAUUAUUUCCUCUAUCCACACACAGGCAUACAUCAGCGCCUACAAUAAGUUCAUACCACAGUCAUUUCAAGAACGCUACUUUUACAGGAUAAUACUUUCUUUCUUUCCUUCUAAUACUGUUCAUAUCUAUCUAUCUAUCUAUCUAUCUAUCUAUCUAUCUAUCUAUCUAUCUAUCUCAGACCGUUUAUAUCUAUCUCAGACUGUAUCUAUCUAUCUUUUUCAGUCUCUAUCUAUCUAUCUAUCUAUCUAUCUAUCUAUCUAUCUAUCUAUCUAUCUAUCUAUCUAUCUCAGACCGUUUAUAUCUAUCUCAGACUGUUUGUAUCUAUCUAUUUUGUUCAGUCUAUCUAUCUAUCUAUCUAUCAUCUCAGAUCAUCUCAGCCUCAGUAUGAAAGUCACGCGGACAUCAAACACAAUACGUUUUGUUCUUAAAUGUUUACCAUGUUUUCUCUCUCUCUCUCUCCUCACUAACGCAUGCGCGCGUCCACUGUGCAUGGACACCUCAACACACGUGCACGUGUUGCUUUGCCAUUUUUCCUCUGUUUUAUACACUUUUGUUUCGCCUCUAUUUCUUACCGCCUUGUUUAGCGGGCGCCAUAAUCAAACAGUCGGCAUGUCGUUGGCAGGGAGACGCGGCUCUUGGAGUCGAAUCAAUAAACACCGUCACAACGUGUAA